AUGAUGCUCCUUCUCCUACUCCUUAUCUCCGUCACCGCCGCCUUCGAAGCCAGCCGCUCCCCCCGAGAAUCCAUCUUUGCCCCGGAUUACUGUAAAAAUGGAGGAGCUUUUGUGAACGGCGAAUGCCAAUGUACUCUACGCUACGAGGGAAAACAAUGCGAACGCGAAAAGUGUCUAAAUGGUGGACGACGUCAUAAGACAAACGGAGUGGUGAAAUGCCACUGUCCAUUUGGCUUCGCCGGUGAACGCUGCGAAAACGUCACGUUCUGCGAGCCGGGCAAGGGAAAACUGAUCAACGGCAAAUGCGAGUGCUCCGACCGAUGGACCGGACAAUUCUGCCACAUCCGGACGUGCUACAACGGGAUCCCGACCGGAGGAUUGGAAGGUUUCUGCCUUUGCGACGUCGGCUUCACCGGACCGUUCUGCGAUGAGAAACUGAUGUGCUACAAUGGAGGCAGCGUCAGCCAGGACAACGAGUGCGUCUGCGCUCCCGGGUUUGCUGGCGACCACUGCGAGGACUGCGCCCCGGGACAUCACCGCGAAGGGAAAAGCUGUGUCGCUGAGGUCUCGGGCCAUCCGCUUCUCUCAAACUCCUCGUUGGACCAAUUCCCCUGGACGAUCAUCAUGGUCGCCGGCGUCUCACUAGCCGCCAUCCUCCUCAUCGCCCUGUCGGCAAUUUUUGGCUUGCGCAAGUGGAAGACAAAGCCGAGCAGAGUGGGCUCGGCCCAGAGCGUGCAGAAGGAUCUCCAGGGUCAGCCGGCCACCGACGUC